UUCUUAUGCUUGAUUUUUGGUUUUGCUAGGGGCGUUUUAGGAAAGGAAGAGCUGUCUAUUGUCCUGGUCGAAGCUGGUAGCAAGCUAUAUCAACAAAUCACUAUGGCAUCUAACGAACCUGGACCAGUCAGGGGAGUUGGGCCAGUAUCUAUGCCAGAUGAUAAAAAACCGCUUGCUACUGUGUCGAAGGCCGUGAAAUAUGAGAAUGUGUGUGUGCUGCCACAGACACCGCAGCUGAUUGCGCUCUUGACUAUGAUCCGGGACCAGCGGACCUGUCGAGCAGACUUCGUCUUUUACUCUAAUCGUAUCAUCCGUCUACUCGUCGAAGAAGGACUGAAUCAUCUCCCUGUCGUGCAGAAGACGGUCACGACCCCAGUCGGCCAUACUUAUGGUGGAGUUGGAUUCGAGGGUAAAAUAUGCGGAGUUUCCAUCAUGCGUGCCGGCGAGGCAAUGGAGCAGGGUCUUCGUGACUGCUGUAGAUCCGUUCGGAUUGGAAAGAUUCUGAUACAAAGGGACGAGGAGACAUGCAAGCCUGCGUUGUUUUAUGAAAAACUGCCGCAGGAUAUAUCAAAGAGAUGGGUGCUGCUGCUUGACCCGAUGUUUGCCACUGGCGGCUCUGCUACCAUGGCUGUUGAAGUUCUAAAGUCGAAGGGCGUACCAGAAGACCACAUUUUAUUUAUAAAUCUCAUUGCCAGCCCAUCGGGAGUUGCUGACUUUGCUGAGAGGUUCCCAAAACUCAGGGUUGUUACCGCUUUCAUCGACCAAGGGUUGGAUGAAAAGAAGUUCGUCUUCCGUCGUACUUGGCACUUCGUUAAUGAUCAACAUUGCUAA